AUGCCUGAUGUCUUGAACCUUUACUAUGUAGGCACCAGCAAGUUCUUAAUUUUCGAACAGAGUGCUUCGUGUCGCAACCUCGCCAUGGCCUUCCGUUACGCCGAUACUCUCGAGAAAUAUAACUGGAUUGGUGGUGGACUGGACGCUUAUAUCUUCCAUGUUACUCCAACCAUCGUUGUGAAGACUGUUCGUCGCGACCGAACCCCUGAAGAGGAGGCUGCGAAGCAUCCUUUCCUCAACGAGAUUGCCUUUUUCAAACGCCUUGAUGGGUGUCAGGAUCGAUGUUCAAAUAUCAUUGAAUGUUUCCUCAUGCUACCGGACCAUAUCUUUCUAUCAUAUUGCACGCAUCAAGCAAUCGCUCUUCGCUUCUACGAACGCCAGGAGCGUGAGGUAGCGGUUAAUGGUAUUCAUGGGUGUUUAAUUAGAGUAAAGGAAUACGAAGAUCCGGCCCUUAUAGCUCGAUGGAUACGACAACUUACCUGUGCUCUUGAAUAUGUUGAGAAAAUGGGCUUUUGUCAUAAUGACCUACAUGCGGGCAACUAUCUCCUUGACGAGAACUUCAACCUAAAGCUGACUGAUUUUGGCCGUGCCACUACCAUUGGGCAGCUACUUGAGGGUACCUUGCCUCCACGGGCCCGACCAAUACUUGCUGGACCAUUAAAAGGCACUUACGGACUCUGUUCUGCUCGGACUGAACAGUUUGCAGUUGGAACACUUCUAUACUUUAUGGUAUAUGGCCAUGAGCCCUAUGAUGAUGUGGUCCUUAGUGCCGCCGAAUGGGAUCGUCGAUUUUGGGAAAUGGAAUUCCCAGAACUUAACCGUCAUGACGUUUUUGAUGGUCUUAUCUCGGCUUGUUGGUAUAAUGUUUACCCCACAAUGGUCCUGGUAGCGUACGAUUUCAAGCGCAAGACAAAGGAUAUUGUCUUGAAUGCAGAAAAUGUUUUUAUUGACUCUUUAAAGGAGAAAAGAACCUGUGAAGCAUUGAUUCGCAGAGGCUUACUGGGACCCGAAUUGGCUCUCAGUUUUCAACCAGUCUGGCGAAAAUAUGUGCAUGCUAUCGCAAAGAGAAGUAUAUCUAUUUGGCAAUGCUUGCUAAACAAAAGAUUCCUGGCCUGUCAUGUUUGCUUGUCUAUUUUUGUAUUAUGCGGCGCCGCAAGAGCCAUAAAAUUCGGCAGAAUGGUCACGAUGAUUCCAAGUUUCAAGUUGGGUGUGAAGCCAUUCGCCGGGUGGCCUCUACUCUAA